GGGUUGAGUCUGCGCAGUGGGAGCGUGGAGGUGACCGUGUGGCCUUGGUCAUAGCAGCAGCUGGUGAACAUUGUCUUAUUCGUUUUUUCCUCAUUAUUUUGGGCCGUUUUCUGAAGCCAGGAAUGGCCGCGAAAGUUCUGGAGACCAUUGGGAAGUUUGGAAUCGGGCUGGCUAUUGCUGGAGGGAUCGUGAACUCGGCGCUUUACAACGUUGAUGCUGGACACAGAGCAGUGAUAUUUGAUCGAUUUCGUGGUGUUCAAGAAGUUGUUCGUGGUGAAGGCACACAUUUCCUUAUUCCAUGGGUACAAAGGCCAAUCAUUUUUGACUGUCGAUCACAACCAAGAAAUGUUCCAGUUGUCACAGGUAGCAAAGAUUUACAGAAUGUAAAUAUCACACUGCGUAUACUGUUCAGACCAGUGACUGACCAAUUGCCCAGAAUUUACACCACCAUUGGUGAAGAUUAUGAUGAAAGAGUUCUGCCAUCUAUCACAACAGAAAUCCUGAAGUCUGUUGUUGCUCGGUUUGAUGCUGGUGAGCUAAUCACGCAGAGAGAGCUGGUCUCCAGACAGGUUAGCGAGGAUUUGACAGAGAGAGCUGCGACUUUUGGACUCAUCCUGGAUGAUGUGUCACUGACUCAUUUGACCUUUGGCAAAGAGUUUACAGAGGCUGUGGAGCUGAAGCAGGUUGCACAACAGGAAGCUGAGCGAGCCAGAUUUAUUGUAGAAAAAGCUGAACAACAGAAGAAAGCAGCUGUUAUUGCUGCAGAAGGGGACUCCAAAGCUGCAGAACUCAUCGCUAAUUCCCUGUCACAAGUCGGGGAUGGUUUGAUUGAACUGAGAAAACUGGAAGCUGCUGAAGAUAUCGCUUUCCAACUCUCAAGGUCCCGCAAUGUAACCUAUUUACCAUCUGGUCAGUCAACAUUACUCCAGCUGCCCCCACAUUAACAAAGAACUUUGUCACAAUACAUUGUGUGUCCAGAAUAGCAAAAUCUUAUGUAUGUCCUAUCCCUCAAUACCAUCUUUGGUACCAAAAGUUUCAUUAGUUGACCAUUAGAAAGAAUUACAAAAGGAAAAAUUAUCAAUAAUUUGUUCAAUGUUUAAUUUUUUAAGCAUUCUUUCCUAAUGCUGUAGUGUGACUUAUUCUUGCUCUGCUGCAGGAAUUGCCAAAAUUUAAAAUAUACAAAUAACCAAGAUCCAAAGUUAUGUUAUUAGAGUUCUUGGAAAAGUAAUGUUCCAGCAAGAUGAUAUGCAAUUUGUGAUUAAAGCAUGAUGUAAAAUUGAAAUGUGGAUUAAAAUCAAUGACAGCAUUGUAUUGAUUGUUCUUUAAAUGCAAACUAUAGAAAAUUCUGUAUUCGUUCUGCUUUGAAUACUCAGUAUAGAAAAUUAUAUUUAAUGACUGUCAUAAUGGAUGCGCAAGUAAUUUUUUAAUUCAAUAAAUGUACUGAAGUCAUUAAUAUUUUGUACUCAUCAUUUAAUUUUAAUUGUUGUGGUCUACUGCUUUAUAAAUUGAAUGUGCAGCUAUGGAACUGAGUAGAUGCAAAUGUGCAGUGCCACAGUGAGAUGGAUUUAAUGCUGAUUUCUUUACCACCAAGUUCCUUUGUGGGGAUGGUGAAGAAGAUAGUUAAGAUGAACAUUUUAAUUGUUCCUAGACGUGAAGGAGCCAAAAUAUCGUCCCAAAGAUUCUUAACACUAGUAGCUGAUUUAGAACAAUAGUUCUGGACAUGUAAAACCUGCCACUUGGUUGCCAAUUAUAUCCUAGUGCAUGGGUGGUAAACUUUGGCAUACAUAGGGAUGGCAUGCGCAAGGAUUCUGUUGGCCCAUAGUAUGCAGUUCCGUCUUUUGAUUCUGUAAGCCCAAUUC